UUUUUUUAAUUAAAUAUCGACAAUGGUUAAAAUUCAUAAUGAAAAUUAAUGAUUGGUUAAAAGUACUGUAUAGUCGACCAUAUUACUCCUGGAAUCAUCUGGAGAGGCAACUGUGAGAACCAUAACAAAUGAUAUUGAAACCAGAAACUUUAUCAACGAUCAAAUGUGUUCACAUUGUUGAAUAAUUAAAAACAUUCGCUAUAAAGACCUUUUUAAAAAUGUAUCUUGCACUGAAUUGAAGCCAGAUCAUAUUUCUACCAUUGCAUCCAGCUAAUGUACUUUGAUUGGCUGGUAACGUGACAUGUGAUGAUAAUGAUAUGUUAAUUCUAUGUUCACGAUCGACGUCAUGGAAUGGUUAUAGCUAGCUACACACCGACUAUCGCAUCGAGAAUCUGAAUGUUACAAUGGCGGACAAUAAUUCGAGGGAGUCACGAUUUGCACAUAUUACUCUAGCUGAAUUGAAUGUUUUAUUAAAGGCCUCCAUAAAUGAAAGACAGCCUAAUCAAUAUCCGGUGAAUAGGGCUAGGCCUAGGCCUCAUAAUAAUGAUGCUAGGCCUUCUUCAGCAGAUUCUUCUUCUAGUCCGCCAGCGAUGAUAGGCGUAGCUGUUAACAACUCAACGCUAAACGAUACGCAACAACAGCGAUUUCCACCAAUCAGCUCAACUGAAUUAAAGGGGUUGACAGAGGAUUCUUCGGAGUCAAUAAAUACAAAAAGGCAAAUAAAAUAUGCAGUUACUAUUCUCUCAGAUUAUGCACACUCGAUUGGUAGCAGUCUUGCAGAUGUUGAAAGUCUUUCAUCUAAGGAAGCAGACUCAUUCCUUGUGAAAUUUUAUGCAGCAUUACGCAGACACGAUGGAAGUUCAUACACACACAAAUCCAUGCAUGGAAUCAAAUUUGGUCUGCAGCGACAUUUCCAAGAAAUCCAUGGUUGGGAUAUAACAAGGGAUAAAGAUUUCAGAGAGAGCAUUAAAGUCUUCAGAGCCAUACUUUUAAGACUUAAGCAGGCAGGUCUAGCUGUUGUCCGGUCUAAGACAUUCAUUUCCGACUCAGACUUCUUAAAAAUAAAGACGUCAGGGGCACUGAAUAUUAAUACUCCGUUGGGACUUCAGAACAAAGUCUUUGUGGACAUAACAAUGUUUUUAUGUAGUCGUGGACGACAGAAUUUGCGUGAUAUGAACAAGAAUGAUUUCAUUUUGCAGACAGAUGAUGCAGGAUUUCGGUAUAUUAUCCAUAAAGACCAAUUACAGAGGAUUAACAUGGAGGAUGCUGGCACCAGUGUGGGUGGCAGAUUGUAUGAAGAACCUGGAAACAGUCUUUGUCCCUUGCAAGCUUUUUUGAAGUACACCUCAAAAUUGCAUCCGGUUUGUCUUUCCUUUUGGCAGACUCCAAAGAAGGUAGCACCUGAUGAUGAUGAACCAUGGUAUGCUGGUGUACCAAUUGGGGUUAACACUCUUUCAGGUAAAAUGAGGCAAAUAUCAAUCGCAGCCGGGUGCUCACGUCUGUACAGCAACCAAUGCCUACGGACAACGGGGAUAAAAUGGCUUCAAAACAGAAGUAGUGGCUCUUCAGUUUCUAAUUUUAACCAAUCAACAAGACCAAUGGAAGCUUCCUCAACUGAUGUCCAGGUAAAACAAGAAGUAAUGGUCAUAAACGAAACAAUGAGGCCUACAGGUACUGGAUAUCUCGGCGAAUCCGUAUCUAACAUCAGCACGGGACCCAAUUCUAAAGGAGAUGAAUAUAUUGGGCAUGCAGUAAUUCUGGAAAACCAAGUACAGCCGGAAGGAUUUCAAGAUAACUCAGACGACGUACUUUUAGAGGAUGAUGAAGAUAAUCAAUUAUAUGAAUCUGGUGUUGAUGAAAUGCUUGAAGACAGUGAUCAAGGAAUUCCCGUCGGAACACCCAAUCAACUUUAUACAACCAAUGAGAAUAUAACCAAAGGAACAGCCAUUGCGACAGAUACACACUGCCCUCCUAUGACUGAUUGCGGCAAUGCAUUAUCAGAUGACGAAGAAACUGCGGAAGAACGAGAGGAACGAGGAAUAAAGAUGCCAUUUAAGCGUCUAACUGAACGCCAUUUUGUAGCAGUGAACAAGGGCAGGACCCCAUUAGGCCAGCCAUCCAAACCCCAGUGUAUUGUCUGUUCCAACCCUGCAGUGAAGCGUCAUCGAACGGAAUUCAUCUGCGAACAAUGUAUAUUGCCAAUGUGCCCGGCUCCUUGUUUUAAACGUUAUCAUACAAUGGCAGAUUACAAGACGACAUGUUCGGAUGCUUAUCAUACUAGCUAGUGAACAGUGGAAAUUAACAACCAUUGUAUAUGUGGGCAUCCAACUUAAUUGUUUUAUGGAGUAGUAUACAAAUAUUGACUGCUCAUGAGGGGUAUGGUGAAAUCUAUUGCCCCGAGGGGAUGUGGAGACUGUAGUCUAUUUUCCCGAGGGCAGGCCCGAGGGAAGAUAGACUACGGUCUCCACAUCACUGAGGGGCUAUAUAUUUCAGCAUUCCCCGAAUCUAGAGCAGUCAAUAUUUGUUUUAUAUACGUAAUACAUAGAUUCUACGAGACCUCCUAAAAAGUAAUGAAAAUAGUACGCACCAAGUAGGCCUAGGCUUACUUCCUAGGCCCAGACGAUCAAAGGGCCAAUCUCUCUCAGCGUUGUAGAGGUUGCGUCUCCUUUACCAUUCGUGUGUGUCAUAAAUUACAUAGCAAUGCGGCCUAGAGAUUGCACAUUGUGCAGCAGGGCAAAAAAGUACUAUCCCAUAGGGUAAUAACUGUAAAACCUCGAAUUGAAGCCCAAUGGGCUUAAUUUCAAGAAAAAGCCCAUUUUGAAUUGAAGCCCCUCUUUAGUUUGCAAAAUUAGC